CAACCCAGCUGUACACAUAGGAGAGAGCCACGUCAAGACAGAAGCCGGCGUAGCUGUCGAUGGUGUGCGAGCACCGGGGUUUUUGGCUUGGGAAUUCUCAGUUGUUCGACCUGGAAUAGAUUUCAUUUCCUCCAUCGAUCGUUCGGUUGUUCGGACGACUUCUUCGAAGAUGGGUCCCCUCUUGGUCUUGGCGAUCCUAACCCUCCUGGGGAAUCUUUGUGAUGGCCAACGUAAAGCUCUGAAGGAGAGUCCGAGCCUCAGUGACAGAGUCCAGCAACUCACAGACAUGAGUCUGAAACGUGCCGUGAUCCGACUGAACGCAGACCGAUUCAGACAGUACGUCAAGGCAGUUCCCCGGAACUACUCGAUGAUCAUCCAGUUCACCGCCUUGUCUCCGAUGAGAAGCUGCUCGAUAUGCCGACAGGCUCACGACGAGUUCACAGUCGUCGCAAAUUCGUGGAGAUACACCCCGUCCUUCACGGACAGAAUAUUCUUCGCCAUGGUGGACUUCGACGAAGGAGAGGAGGUCUUCAAACAGAUGGGAUUCAACUCCGCGCCCAUCUUCAUGCAUUUCCCCGAGAAGGGAAAACCGAAGAAAGGGGACAACAUGGACAUUCAGCGAAUGGGUUUCCAGGCCGAGGUUUUCGCGAAGUGGAUCCAGGAGCGCACCGACGUCUCGAUCCGCGUCUUCCGUCCGCCCAACUAUUCCGGAACGAUCGCGCUGUUGAUCCUCUUGACGCUGACGGCUACGCUCCUCUACGUGCGCCGCAACAACCUCGAGUUCCUCUACAAUCGAACGUCGUGGGGGCUGCUCGCGGUGUGCAUCGUGUUUGUCAUGAUGUCUGGGCAGAUGUGGAACCACAUCCGCGGCCCUCCUUUCAUGCAGAGGACCCAGAGGGGCAUCAGCUACAUCCACGGAUCGAGUUCGGCACAGCUCGUGAUGGAAUCCUAUAUCAUCAUGAGUCUCUACGGCUGCGUCGUCGUAGGAAUGAUUUUGAUGAACGAAGCUCCUCUGUUGCCCGGUGGGGAAUCGAAGAAGAAGACAUUCUUGGCUAUCGGAGGACUUGGCAUGUUCAUUUGUUUCUUCAGUUUCCUGCUUUCAGUAUUCAGGUCGAAAGCACAUGGCUAUCCGUACAGUCUUCUGUUCAGCUAAGAUCUUUCGGAGCCAAAUUCCAAAGCUCGGUCGGAACGACCCGAAAAUUUUCCAUGGGAUUCGCCAAGGUCCGCAAGCUUCUAGUCCAAUCGGGUCGGACAUUCACGAUGACAGGUGAAAGAUCUUCGCGGCGAAUGAAAUUCUAUGCGGAUAUCACUGGAGCCUCGCGGUUGAAGAAUAAAACGGGCGGGAUGGGGUUUGAAUGUACAGGUGCACGAUCGCACGUGAACGAUUUGGAUGGAGCGAGAGGAUAUUAUUUAAAGAAGGAAUAAAGAGACGAUUUU